AUGAAGAUGGAGACGUGGGCGAUGCGCAUGACAGUUCAGCGCCGCCUCGGCCUCCCGCUCGAUGUUGCCUGCCAGGCGGUGGAGGCGGGCAAGAAGGCGCCAAACGGCAAGCCGCACGAAGAACUCGGCGAUGCCGCAAUGGUCAACCCGCGUGCGAAGCACGCGACACGACACAAAUACCUGCUCAAACGACUCGUCAAGACCCUUCGCUCGGCGUGGGGCAUGCUCAUCGAGAUGGAGCCGACUGCACACCUCAGUUACAGUAACCCAAAACAACCUGACGUGGCGGCGGCGAACAUCGGCAAAGGGCAUGUGCGCCUCGUUGGCGACUUGAAACUGACGAGCUCGCUUGCGUGCAAGGGUGGCGAUCGGCUCGGCUGGAAGGGGGCUUUUGUCGCCUUCGGCAACACCGAGCGGGCGCUGCUCGACUUAGUGUUAGGGCAUGCUGCAUGGCCGCGGCCGGGAGGGGGGGGGGAGGGGGGGAGGGAGGCGGAGGAUGCAGAGGCGGAGGCGGCGGCGGCGGAAGAGGAGGAGGGGGAGAGUGAGGGGGAGGCGGAGGCGGGGGCACCUGUGACGGCCCGCUACGAGAAGGGCGAGUACCGGUUCGCGCGGGAGAAGAAUUGCGACCUGCGUUUGCUCGACUUCGAGACGUUCGGCGGCUUCGGGGACGGCGUCCGCAGAAUUCUUCGGCAGGCGGCGGACCAGCUGAGUAACAAACUUUCGCACGCUCAGCACCUCGAUGAG